CAUUAGUUUAUCUAAAAUUCGAAUUUAACCGAGCAUCCUGUAUUUUAUCUGGGCUUGACCCUCUGAUCUGCAAAUAUUCGGUCGUGAAACGGGCGGGUAUUUGGUCCCCGAGGCCCCGCUCGAAACUGACAUCCUGGGAACCCCUGAUCUUACGUCAUUUCCCCCCCUCGAGCUUUUGCCAGAAGGAUCCCGGACCCAGCCCGGUGAGGGCACUGCGCGCUGGUGGAGGCGCUCAGGCUCCUCUCUGCCCCGCCCCCUGGAGUGGGACCACGCCCCCCAGCCGGAGCCGGCCGCGCCCACUCCUCGCGAGAGGGCCGCGCCUGCCGAGGAAGGGCCUCAGAGGCGGAAGUGGGGCGGCGGAAGUGGGGUACCGGAAGCGGCGUUGCCAUGGACCCCGCGGAGGACUGGCUGGUGGAAUCCUUGCGCUUGUACCAAGAUUUCCAUGCAUUCGAUCUUUCGGGAGCCACUCGAGUCCUUGAAUGGAUUGGUGACAAAGGAGUCUUUGUUGCUGGCUAUGAAAGCCUGAAAAAAAAUGAGAUUCUUCAUCUGAUACUACCUCUCAGACUUUCUGUAAAAGAAAACCAGGGCUUAUGCCCAGAAAGAGAUUUCAAGGUGUGCCAUGGAGGAUUUUCAGACACGUCUGUCUUUGACCUGAAGCACGUGCCAGACACCAGGUUGCUGGUAACCACUGGUCUUCCGGGUUCUUACCUGCAUGUGUGGCAGGUCACAGAGGACAGUGAUGUCAUUCAAGCCGUCAGCACCAUUGCUGUGCAGGAGAAGGAGGGCAGUCUCUGGCCCAGGGUGGCUAUCUUCUCUUCGAUGGCACCCGGAGUCCUCCACGGGGUGAGGCUCAGCAGUCUGAAGGUUAUGGAUCUGGAAUCCCAGAAGACCACAUACACCUCAGGGGUCAGUGACAGCGAGGAGCUAAGUAGCCUGCAGGUCCUGGAUGCAGACACCUUUGCCUUCUGCUGCUCCUCAGGCCGGCUGGGGCUUGUCGACAUCCGCCAGAAGUGGGCGCCAUCAGAGAAUGUCAGCCCCAGCCCUGGGGCUGCUGGAGGGAGGUGGUGUGCUGAAGUUGGGGGCCGGGGCCCUGGGCCCAGGAUUGCCAGCCUUGGCUCAGACGGGCAGCUCUGUCUUCUUGAUCCCCGGAAUCUCUGCCAUCCUGUGAGUUCCGUCCAGUGCUCAGUGUCUGCACCCAGCCCCGACCCAGAGCUGCUGCGAGUGACCUGGGCGCCAGGCCUGGACAGCUGCUUGGCCAUUUCAGGGUUUGAUGGGACAGUCCAGGUCUAUGAUGCCACAUCUUGGGAUGGAGUGGGGAACCAAGUAGAACCUGUCUUCACUCACAGAGGUCACAUCUUCCUGGAGGGCAGCCAGAUAGACACUGCUCCACUGGUCACUACCCACACUUGGCACCCCCACAAACCACGGACUCUCCUCUCGGCAGCAAGCGACGCCUCUCUGCACGUGUGGGACUGGGUGGACCUCCGCGCGGCCUGCUGACUCCAGCGGCUUCCUGCCCAGGCCUCGACGAAGAGGAGGAGCUGCUGUAGAACCAGGAGGAACUGCACCCUUCACCACGGAGCUAAACACACCUGCGGCCCAAGGCCCGGGAGAAGCCGAAGGGACCACGGGAACAUAGAGCGCUGCGUGCACAAAAGCGCUAGUGUGAGCCACAGAUGCACCUGCUCCAGGGCCCAAGCGUUCAAAACCAAUGGCUGCCACUUCAAUUCCUCCAAAUCUCACCCCAAAACGACUCUUGUGGCUCACUCUACCUGGAAACAUACGGGAAAUGAAUUCCAGGGAAUGUGCUUCCACCUGGCCAAGUCACCGCAUUAGGAGGUGCAGCUCGAGAAUUUGCAUUUUGAGUAAGUUCCAGGUGCUGCUCGUGCUGCGAGUCCGUGAACCACCCCGAGCGUCCCUGCCCUCCACGCACGCCCGGCAGCCUUGGCUGUGCAGCACCGUGUCAACGCUCGCCUUACGUCCGUGUGGCCCCUGCCACCACAUGGCAGCUGUGCUUCCAGUUUGUGGGACAGCCACACAUCCUCACCUCCAGUUUCCAGAAUGUUCCUUUGGGAACCUACACAGACAGUCCCUGGGGAGGAACGCCGCGUUCUCUCAGCUACUCUAGGAAGAAGCCCCAGAGAACCCCGAGAGCGGCCCGAAGACCAUGCGCGAUGCGCCUCGACAUCAGCACAGGAUCCGCUCCAGUUCAGCUCUGGGCAAAGACGGCGGAGACUCAGCACGGAAGGGAGAGAGCGUUCAGGAACUGCUUUGGCCCCACAGAAAUUCAAAACGCAAGAGAAAGAUCUGGAGAGGCUAAAAAGGAGGAAGCAAGAAACCCAGCGCACGGCAAGGCCGCGCCGGUGAGGACCGCCGCUGGGGGGCAGCCGUUGCGCCUGCGCGUGCUGGGAAGCGCGUGUUCCCGAGCAGCGUGCCGCGGUCAAGGAGAUGGGCAGGCCGGAGGAGGAGGCCCCUCAAGGGGAGUAAGGGGUGUUCUCCAAGGCCGUGUCCGGGGGGGCUCAGCGCAGCCCCCCUUUCCCGGGCCCCGCCUCCCGCCGCCGCCCCUGUCUGGAAGGCUGACGUGCCCUCCCCACCUGGCCGCAGCCAUGGACGGGAGACGCAGGGCCCGCAGUCCAUUCCCGGGACGAGCCAUCCGCACGUCUCUCAUCAGAGUCCGACAGGGAGAGCGGGGUCAGGGCCAAGGGCACCCCACGUGUGGGAGCCUGGCUUCUGCGGAGCGGGAACAAGUCUGGAAGGAGCCCUGGCACGCGCCCGUGUGGAGAGAGAAGCGCACGCAGGUGAGGAGGAAACCAGCAGCCUAAGGCUCGUGCUCAGCCGGGGCCAGUAAAGUUUGCGGGGGUGAAGGAAACGCGAACCGGCCCCCCACACGUGCUGGCUGUGACUGGCUCUUGUCCGCCGGUCCAGUCGCUGGGGUCAGGGAGGGACGCGGGUGUCCCGCAGCUGUGGAGAAGGCGGGGAGGCUAGAGGUUCCAGCACUGACGGCGCGUGGCUGUGCGCCAGGCACCCGGCUGGCUGCUGGGAGAGGAGGUCCAGACGUACAGACCCGGCCCGCCGCCGGGGGGGGGGGGGGGACUGAGGACCCCCUGGUAGAGGGAAGGGGGUCCUGUGACCUGGGAGCACAGAGGGCUGAGACCAGGUGUGAUCAGGAAAGGGGUAUUUGUGUCCUUCCCUCAGGCGAAGCGAGGGUGGGGUGUUCCAGGCAGAGGGAAGCGAGAGAGCGCCCAGCCCCAGCCCGGGGAGAGAGCAAGUUGGAAAUUCGGCUGAGAAACGGGCUGGGGCCGGUCGGUGAAGGCCCUGCGUGUGUGCGGGAGCGCGGGCGUCGCCGAGGGCUUCAGAGGGAGGGCGGAGACGGGAGGCGGCUACUGCGCAUGUCGGGCUGCGGGGCUGCCGGCCUCCCCGCGGCAGGAAGAGCGCGCAGGUGUGACCGCCGCGCACGUGUGCGGCCGUCGGUCCGCAGGUGCUCGGCUACUGCUGGCGCUGCAUUUCCUCCAGGAAGCAUAGCCGGUCAGUGAGGUGGUUCAGAUUUUCUCUGCCCAGCGCCGCCCCUUGGACGUGGGCAGAGUGGGUGCCGGGAAGUAGGCCAGACGCAAAGGACAGAUGUGUGAUGGUGCCUGCACGAGGGCCCUAAAACAGGCCAGUUGGCGGAGACAGCAGAAUAGUGGUGGCCGGGGGCUGGGGCAGGGCCACGGGAGUUCGUGCGGAAUGGAUUCACUGAAAAGUUUGGGACCAUGAAAAAGGUUUGGUGUUGGAGGGUGGUAAUAACUGCACAGAAAUGCAAAUGUACUUAACGCCACUGAAUUGUACACUUAAACAUGGUAAAAUGGCAACUUUUAUGUUGUGGAUGUUUUAUCACACUUUUUAAAAAGUGGAUGCCAGGGCCUGGUGCUCUAGGGGGCCCAGCCCCAUCCAGCCCUCCUCUAGCCAUACCCUUCUCCAGGGGUGAGAAGGCCACGGGCCUCGGCUGUGGGCCCACAGAGCCUACAUCCCUCCGCCAGACCAUCUUCCUGGCACCCAGGACCCAGAACGUCCUGUCCGAAUGGCCAGAGUCUGCGUCCAGGGCCUGCACACCCUCUUCCAUUCCGUCCUCUCGAGGGCUGGCUAUGCAGCUGGCAUGUGCACACUGGGCCCGAGAGGUGGCCAGAGUGGCCGUUGGUGGGGAGUGUGGCCGGAGCCCACGGGCGCACACACUGGGGCACCUGCGCACUUGUGGGGGGCUGGGGGGGCCUCUCCCGGCUCAGAGUGGGUGGGGCAGGGGCCCCUCAUCCCACACCGACACCUGCCAUCCUGCACCAUGCAGGAGUCCGCAGUACAUUCGGAACCUGGCUUCAUCACUUCACGCCCUCCAGGAUGGCUAGAACCAAAAAGACAGACUAGGGGCGCCUGGCAUGCGACUCUUGAUCUUGGGGCUGUGAGUUCAAGCCCCACGCUGGGUGUAGAGAUGACUUUAAAAAAAAUAAGACUAUACCCAAUUUGGGGGGGAGGACGUGGAGAAAUCUGAACCCUUGUACACCGCUGGUGGAAUGUCAAAUGGUGCGGCCUCUUUGGAAAAGAAGGCUGGCCCUUCCUCAAAAGGUUAAACCUUGAGUUACUCUAUGGCCCAGCAAUUCCACGCCUCGGUAUUUAUCCACCAGAACUGAAAACAUGUGUCCACACAAAACUUGUCAAAAGGUGUACACGAACAUUCAUGGCAACGUGACCCACAAUAAGCACAGAGGGAACAAGCCAGCUGAUGAUGUCCUCCAGCUGAUGAAGGCGCUGACAGUGUGGUGUGUCGUGUGCUGGGGUAUCACAGGCCGGAAGGAGGACUGCAGCCUGGACUCCUGGCACCAUGUGGAUGAGCCUGCAGACAGGACGCUGAGGGGAAGGAGCCAAUCACAAAAGGCCACUCGCUGUAGGACUCCAUUUCCGGGAAACAUUCAGAACAGGCCUGUCCCGAGAGGCAGAAGGGAGAGGAGUGGUGGCCAGAGGAUGAGGUCUGUGGGGACUGGGGAGUGCCUGCUGAUGAGUUUAGGGUUUCCUGGGGUGAAGAAAACGGUCUAAAAUUAGAUAGUGGUGACAGUUGCACAAUCUUAUGAAUAUCCUGAAAACAACAAUUUUAAACUUAAACCCACACAAAUCUGGCGUUCUACAUCGCACUGAAGGAUACUGUGAAGGGGAGCGGCCAAGAAUUUAAGUGCGCUAGCUUGCCUUAGAACCCUUCCUAUUUAGCCGAGUGCCGAGGCGCGCCCUGGCCCGGGGCUCACAGUGACGGCUUGUGAAUGAUGGCGAGGUGUCUGGGGAAUCGGACCUCGGAACCAGGAGUGACGGUUCCGCCCUUCCCUGUGUUGCAGAUGAGAACAUGGGGCGCAGCGAGGUGACGGCCCGGACGGGGAGGCGGCCCCUGGGCGAAAGGGCCCAGCUGUCCAGAGCGGCAGUGGGAGACGGGCUCCUGCAGCUCCCUGCAGGGUUUGCUCCCGUGGGCCUUCAGCACAGGAGCGUCUCACAGGCCGAGACACUGUCCUUGCCUCCUGGGCUAGGGAAGGGGCCCUCAAGGGUCAUUUUGAGCACACAAUCAUUCCCUUGUGUGCAGACUUUACAGGCCAACCCCCAGAGCCGCUGUGGCUCCCAACAGUGCACAGCUGGGGGCUGAUACAGGGCAGUCAGGACCCCCUCCCCAUGGUGCAGUCACAUCAGGGCCCAAAGCCCAGCUCUGCGUGGUGACCCCGCACCUGCGGUGGCUGUGAUAGUUACAGGACCCCCCGCGGCAAAGGGCUCAGCGCAGGGCCGGCCUCCCUGAAUAUGCAGCGGGCCGAGCUGCCUUGUUCUGCCCUGCCUUCCUGACGGGAGGCCUCCCAGAGCUGUGAGGGCCCUGGGAGGCUCGAGUCCUGGUGAGACGUAAAGGGAGAGGGUCGGUUCUCUGUGGGCAGAGCAGAGCUAUCAAAACCAGUGAGGGGGGCCCCAUGCUGGGCUGAGUGGGGGGGUGGCCCUAGGUCACCUGCAGCCCUGGGGGCCCUCAGCUUCACAAAGCCUCUACCCCGGGGCUGUGUCUAUAACCUGAUGAAAAUGGCUCACCCUUUGAUCAUUCCACUCACAGGAUGCGCUUGGAAUUCAUUUAUUUAUUGGGUGAACAUACUUGCAUCAGCUUCCAGCUUCCGCUAGCAGGAUUAGCUUCUGAAACCCACCUCCUGUUUCUAGCUAUCUGUAAAUGAAAAUAUGGGCCAGUAUUUUUGCUAUGAGCUUCAGUUAAAAUUCAGUUAAAAUGUUGCAACGCAUAAUUGGAUUGACUGUGUGUCAUCUACUGCAACUGUUAGAAUUUUGGGGCGCCUGGGUGGCUCAGUCGGUUAAGCAUCUGCCUUCAACUCAGGUCAUGAUCCCGGGGUCCUGGGAUCGAGCCCCGCAUCGGGCUCCCCGCUUGGCAGGGAGCCUGCUUCUCCCUCCGCCUGCCACUCCCCCUGCUUGUGCACUCGCUUCUCUCUCUCUCUCACUCUCUCUGACAAAGAAAUCUUAAAAAAAAAAAAAAAAAAAAAAGUGAAUUUCAGGCAUUCCCACUUAGAACUUUCAUUAUUGUUUUCAUCUUGAGGGAUUUCCAAGGAGGCAGCUUCCAAAAGCCACACUGCUUGCCUGGUUCAGAAACUUUGAAGCCGUGAUUGUGAGUCUGAGUUGAGCUAAAAAUAAAAGCCCCCAGAGCUUUGCCCAUGCCGAGUACCGUGGCGGACAAAAAGGUAAAUCAAAACACUCUUGAGCAAGGUAACAAAUGACUAGUUUCAAAUCAAAGUCCAGACCUUGCAAGGAGUACAUACUGCGUUUGGUUCCCCGGGAAGCCUCUCCAUGUGAGUCAGCUCAUGCUAACUCCCUGCUCUAGUCUUCCCUUGAGAACUAACUGCAGGCACCACCGAGAGCCGUGGUCUUGCAGAUCCUAUUGCUUCAGGGAUUGUAAAAUCCGGAAGAAAGAUCUACAGUCUCCAGCUCAGUCUUCCCGUUACUUUGCUAAGGGGAAAAUACACAUGAGAGAAAAUUGUAUGGAUAUUCUAUUUGAAUCUCCUUGUUCCAUUCCAAAAAAGGAUGAUGGCAAAAGUUUCCAAAAGGGAAUCUGGUUAUUUCCAAAGUCUUUUUAUAAUGCAUAGCCACACUGGUUUUAGUAUGAUGAAUUUCCACCCAAGUAGAGCCGUUCUCAUUCAGAAGAGUGAAAUGAUUUAAAAUAAUACAUAUCAGAUUUAUUUCCUGGCCUUACAAAAAAAAAUCCUGAACUCAAAUUUCUGGGAUAGCUUUUUGAAAACUAUCCCCCCAAAAUAGGCUCUUUGAAGUCUCCUCAAUGGCAGCAAAUUGACAUCCUUAGAAGGGAAUCUGUUUUCAGAGAGCAGAUAUUGGGCAGAGCCAAGUCUCAUGGAUAAGAGAAGUGAUCGAUCAGGCUAGAUGACAAACAAGCUCGUCUGUCAGUGUUUAUUAAGCCUUGCUUAUGUGCAGGACACUGCUCCGUGCCAGAAAUACGCUGAUAGGGGGCCUUCUAGGGUGGUUGGAAGACAAUUCUUACAGGAAAAUUCAAUGUCUUCAGUAAUGGUAACAACAUAUAAAGCCCACAGCCCAUCAGAAUGACUGCUUUUGAUAGAUAACACUUAUUUGAAUAAGUUCUUUGGUGUUCAUUAAAAAAACUCAUUACAUAAUCAUAUUUAUAAAUCUAAUUAAAUGAAAUUGUCAUGUGUCGACAGUGCUUUGUUUUAUAAUUGGUGGGUUUCUGGGAAGUUCUGGGGAAAUAUUUUCAAGUCAAAUGCACAAAGGAAACUUUUUUUUUUUUUUUAAAUCCCGUUGAUUUAUCCCGCUUGAA